CACUCGGAUGCAUGUAUGGAUGGUAGCUAGGUUUGGCACUCAAGACGAGCGCGAGACUAACGCCAGGCAGCCACGUAGCGAGUGUUCUGCAGAGAAACUACAGCUUUUGCACGGUAAACGGUGGAGGGCGUUAACAAAACAUGCAAAUAAACAAGUGCAAAAGAUCCGCAAGUCUGCACAACGUCGAGAUCAUUUCUUUUUCGAUUUAUAAACCUUACUGAUUUCUCGGAUUGUUCUUUCACGCCUGUGGAGCUCGCGCUCUGCAACUCCGAGUGCACGCGAUGACUGAGAGGGCGCUCGUGCUUCGGCGAAAAGUCCUCGCACGAGGAUCUGCAAAGGCAACCUGUGACACAACGCUUCUGCAGCAGAUUUGGCUGGUUGCUACGACUACAAGAGGUUAAUAUCAGUGUGCAAUUAGUCUCAUAUCUUCUGAUUCAGCAGAUAUUAUCAGAGGAAGACAAAGUAUUCUUUCCGUCACCUAGAGGCAUAAAGGACGCUUUGAUCCAAAAAAAGCCAGCUGAUUUGCUCCGACAGCGAGUGAAACCUGCUACAACUUCCACUAAGUCUCUACCUCCUUUUGAUGUGGAGGUCAUGGAGGCUAGGUUCGGGUUGGGCUGAGGCAUCUUCCUUUCUUCUCCCCUCGUGGGAGGGGUAGGAGAUUGGUUCCUGCCUGGUUUAUAGGACACCGCCACAUUGCUCGUGAAGCAGAUUGUACAGUCGACGCAAAGGCUUAUCUUUACGCAGAUGAAGUCGUGCCAGACGCCGAAAGAAGAGACGAUAAAGGAAGCCAUGUCACAGGAGGAGGGGCCGAGGACUCAUUCCACACAGACCUACUACCAUCCUACCUCUCUAGCAGACAGUAACCUGUCACAAAAGCUCUACAAGCAGGAGGGAGUGUCCAAGCCCUAUUCGGUGCUGGUCGAAAACAAGAUGCCCGCCAAAGCACUGGCUCGUGACCUCGAACCUAGUCCUGCCCCUCUUCAGCAUUACUACAAAGAGGCUUCUGGACCAGCCGGAACCGAGGGAGCGAUGAAGUCCAAAAACGACAGGACGUCCGAUGACACGGAGGAUGAAGAAGAAGAAGAAGAAGAGGAGGAGGAGGAGGAGUUCAAGCGAGCACAGAUCAUCGUUGAGGUGAACCUGAACAAUCAGACUCUGCACGUCUCCAAAGGCGAAAAGAGCAUCACUGCGGGAGAUGUGAAAAGUGACAGCGAAGACGAGGAGGAGGAGGAAGAAGAAGAAGAGGACGAGGAGGAUGAAGAAGACGAUGAAGACGACAGUAUGGAAGAAGAAGAGAGUCCCGAGGACGACCCCGAUGAUGAUGAGGAGGAAGAGGAAACCGAGACCCGGAGGACGAGAUCCAAGCGGGCACGCACAAAGAGUCACCUCGUCACUGUAGCUCCAGGGUCCAUCGGCGUAACCACGAGGGGACGGAGAAAGAGCGCCGAAGCCCCGCCUCAGAAGCGCAGGUCAGCGCGGGACGGAAGGCGCUCCGGUCCGUCUGCUUCAGUGGGAGGGAGGGACGGUGAGGAGCGUGGGACACUGGCAUGUGAGAAAUGCCCACGCGUCUUCAAUACACGCUGGUACUUGGAGAAGCACAUGAACGUCACACACAGACGCAUGCAGAUCUGCGACAAGUGUGGCAAGAAGUUUGUCCUGGAGAGCGAGCUGGCUCUGCACCAACAGACUGACUGCGAGAAGAACAUCCAGUGUGUGUCAUGUAAUAAAUCUUUCAAAAAGCUCUGGUCACUUCACGAGCACAUUAAGAUCGUCCAUGGCUAUGCCGAGAAGAAAUUUGCCUGCGAGAUAUGUGAGAAGAAGUUCUACACCAUGGCUCAUGUCCGCAAGCACAUGGUUGCUCACACUAAGGACAUGCCGUUUACAUGUGAGACCUGUGGAAAGUCCUUUAAGCGCAGCAUGUCUUUAAAGGUGCACUCGCUUCAGCAUUCGGGAGAGAAGCCCUUCCGUUGUGAGAAUUGUGACGAGCGUUUCCAGUAUAAGUAUCAGUUGCGGUCUCACAUGAGCAUCCACAUCGGACACAAGCAGUUCAUGUGCCAGUGGUGUGGCAAAGACUUCAACAUGAAGCAGUAUUUCGAUGAGCACAUGAAGACGCACACAGGUGAGAAACCAUUCAUCUGUGAGAUCUGCGGGAAGAGUUUCACCAGCCGGCCCAACAUGAAGCGUCACCGGCGCACACACACCGGAGAGAAGCCUUACCCGUGUGAAGUGUGCGGUCAACGCUUUCGCUUCUCCAACAUGCUCAAGGCGCACAGAGAGAAGUGCUUCCGGGUCACUAGCCCCAUGACCCAACAGUCUGCCAACAUGCCCAUCUCUGUUCAUCUCACUGGCCACACCCCUUCCUCCUCUGGCCACACCUCCAGCCCACCUCUGGCUUCUCAAGGCACAUCCACUGCAGCAGCCGUGGGCCCAGGAAUGAUCGCUUCUGGAAUCGGACACGGCUUUUCCCAUUUGCACAUGCAGGCCACGCCCACGCAGCACCACCAAACCCAUGUGCAUCACCCUGGCCACACCCCUAUGACAAGCCACGCCACUCCUCACCAGUCUGUGCCGUCCUCUCUCUUGCCGUCUCCUCCUGCGCUUUUUAAAAGUGAGCCAAUCAACCAAUGCGCGCAUGAGGAUGUGUACCUGAGGCCAGGCUCCACACAGCAGCACUAAAAAUAACCACACCGGGGUGUGUGUGUGUGUGUGUGUGUGUGUGAGUGUGUGUUCGUUAUAGAGAGGCUUAUAUGUAAGGGCUGACUGUGCAUAUCCUUGCUGGGAAGCGAUCACGUGAUCAGACAAGUUGUUAAAGGCCGGUAACCUCAGUGAACUUUCUCUUAAAUAAUAUUAGCAUUACUUUACACCUCAUAAACUGGUAAGGAAAAAUUCCACCUGCCUCAUAAUGAUGAAAACAUGCCACUGUGUGUGAGCCAGCACACUUUCUGACUCUGUAUGCCUGUGUUCUCCCUCAUCUCUCUCUCCCUCAUCCCUCUUUCCCUCAUCUCUGUCUCUCUCAUCUCUCCCUCAUCUCUGUCUCUCUCAUCUCUCCCUCAUCUCUGUCUCUCUCUCUCAUCUCUCC